GCGCAUGCUCACUCAGAAAUCUGCCCAGGAUUUCGUGAUAUUCUUGUGCUGUGUUGGAUAGCAGUAGUUUAACCGUUUUUCGAUUGACUAUUCACUUAUUGUUUAUUUUGAGAAUAUUAGUUAACAUGGCGGAUCCAAGAAUACGACAGAUCAAAAUCAAGACUGGCGUAGUAAAGCGGCCGCGGAUAUCUACUUCAGCUCGAGACAGAAGUCAGACUAUGCUUCGAGAGUACUUCGCCGGCAUAUAUUUAACUAUACAACGGCUGGUGAAGGAGAAGGUCAUGUAUGUCAAGGAGACCAGGCAGCAGGAGGAGAAGAUUGAACGACUGAAAGCAGAGGCCUGCGACGAAGAGGCCGACUCCGAGGCCAGGUAUGUCAUCAAGAAACAGUUGGAGGUGCUACAGGAGUCCAAGAUGAUGGUUCCAGACUGUCACAGGCGUUUGACCAUAGCACACGCAGACCUGUCCCAGAUACUAGAAACAGAAGAGGACCUGGCUGAAGCAGAGGAGUACAAAGAGGCCAGGACCGUAUUGGAUUCAGUGAAGCUUGAAGGAUGAUGUUCUCACUCUGUAAUGCACUACUUAAAUGUCUAUUUCAUUCAUCUGGGCUUGUUUGGAAACACAGACAAACAAAAUCAUUCAGCAUCUUUUUCUCUUUCUCUCGCUCUUUUUUUUUCUACAUUUGAAAACAACGUGCAGUCUGAUGUCGACAUCCUUCUCCUGAGUGUACAAUCUCACACAAGCAGCAAAUAAAAACGUAUUUCUUUUCUUAACAUGGGGGUAUGCUUGGUUUGUUUCUUCAUCUAUACAGCUGCAAAUUAAGCCUGGUUGUAUUGUUUAACUCAUAUUAAAGCUAUACAAUAGUA